AUGGAGUAUUGGUUUCGAGUUUUGAUCCUCGUCGCAUGCUUGUACCCUGCAUAUGUUGAAUGUAGGGUUCGUCGUUACCAAUUCAAUGUGGUGAUGAAAAACACCAACCGCCUGUGUUCAACCAAAUCUAUUGUCACCGUCAACAGAAAAUCCCCGGGUCCCACUAUUUAUGCGAGGGAAGACGAUACAGUGCUUGUUAGGGUCGUCAACCACGUGAAAUACAAUGUUUCUAUUCACUGGCACGGUGUAAGGCAACUUCGAAAUGGGUGGGCAGAUGGACCGGCAUAUAUCACACAAUGUCCGAUCCAGCCAGGGCACAGCUAUAUGUACAACUUUACCAUCACAGGCCAAAGGGGUACACUACUUUGGCACGCCCAUAUUUUAUGGCUUAGGGCAACUGUCCAUGGCGCCAUAGUCAUCUUGCCCAAGCUUGGCGUUCCAUAUCCUUUUCCAAAACCCGAUCAUGAAUCAGUCGUUAUCUUAGGUGAAUGGUGGAAGUCAGAUACAGAAGCUGUGAUCAAUGAGGCACUAAAAUCUGGUUUGGCACCAAAUGUAUCAGAUGCUCACACGAUAAAUGGCCAUCCAGGACCUGUUCCCAAUUGUCCUUCCACAGUUGGCUACACGUUGAGUGUCAAACCUGCAAAGACAUACAUGCUACGUGUCAUCAACGCUGCCCUCAAUGAAGAACUCUUCUUCAAAAUAGCAGGACACAAAUUGACUGUAGUGGAAGUCGACGCCACAUACGUCAAACCUUUCAAAACCAACGCCAUUUUAAUCGCUCCUGGCCAGACGACAAAUGUAAUUGUAUCAGCUAACCAGAAUGCCGGAAAGUACAUGGUUGCCGCCUCACCCUUCAUGGACACUCCGACGGUUGCAGUCGAUAACAUGACUGCAACUGCAACUUUACACUAUUUAGGAACACUUUCUACUUCUGCUACAACUUUAACAACUCCACCACCUCAAAAUGCAACCCCAGUAGCCAACAAUUUCAUAAACUCUCUCAGAAGCCUUAAUUCAAACCUCUAUCCUACAAAAGUUCCAUUAAAAGUUGAUCAUUCUUUGCUUUUCACUGUGGGGCUAGGGAUUAAUCCCUGCCCUACAUGCAAAGCUGGAAAUGGAAGCCGUGUUGUGGCUAAUAUAAAUAAUGUCACUUUUGUGAUGCCAACCACUGCUCUUCUUCAAGCUCAUUACUUCAAUACUAAAGGAGUUUUCACCACUGAUUUUCCGGGGAAGCCACCAUUUUCUUUUAAUUACACCGGUACUCCUCCGGCGAAUUUGCAGACUACAAAGGGCACCAAGCUCUACAAACUACCUUACAAUGCCACAGUUCAAGUCGUUUUGCAAGAUACUGGAAUCGUUGCCCCUGAGAAUCAUCCUGUGCAUUUGCAUGGAUUCAAUUUCUUUGCUGUUGGUAGGGGAUUAGGAAAUUUCAAUCCAAAAACCGAUGCCAAGAAAUUUAAUCUUGUCGACCCGGUUGAAAGAAACACUAUUGGCGUACCAUCAGGUGGUUGGGUCGCUAUAAGAUUUCGCGCAGAUAAUCCAGGAGUGUGGUUUAUGCAUUGCCAUUUGGAAGUGCACACGACAUGGGGACUGAAAAUGGCAUUUUUGGUGGAAAAUGGAAAGGGCUCUAAUGAGUCUAUUUUGCCACCUCCUAAGGAUCUUCCAAAAUGCUAA